GCAGAGCUUGCAACAGAAACAUCAGCUAGCUAGCUCUGCUGCCUAGGAAAAGGAACACAGCUUGAGGACGAUGAUGGCCACAGGCGUGUUGUGCUGCUUCAGGGCAUCAUCAUCGUUGGCCCUCUGCAUUGUUUUUUCAUGUCUCCUCCUGGCCGGCGUGCCCUCCUCGCUUGUGGUGGCGCAGGACCCGUCGAAGCUGAGCCUGGAGCACUACUCCAAGACCUGCCCCAACGUGGAGCACGUCGUCCGGACGGAGAUGGAGUGCGCGGUGCGUGCUGACACGCGCAACGCCGCGCUCAUGCUUCGCCUCCAUUUCCAUGACUGCUUCGUGCAGGGCUGCGACGGAUCAGUGCUGCUCGACGACACGGCAACCUUGAUCGGAGAGAAGCAGGCAGAGCAGAACGUCAACUCGCUGAAAGGUUUCGAGCUGGUCGACAAGAUCAAGGAGAAGCUGGAAGCUGAGUGCCCUGGAACCGUUUCCUGCGCAGACCUGCUGGCGAUUGCAGCUAGGGACGCCGUUGUGCUGGUUGGUGGGCCUUACUGGGAUGUCCCAGUAGGAAGGUUGGACUCCAAGAAGGCGAGCCUUGACCUAGCAAACAAUGACAUCCCGACUGCUCAGCAAGGCCUCCUCACGCUCAUUGCCAAGUUCUGGGAGAAGGGCCUUGAUGCCACUGACAUGGUGGCCCUCGUCGGAUCCCACACGAUCGGAUUCGCCAGGUGCGCGAAUUUCAGGGACAGAGUGUACGGCGACUUCGAGAUGACGUCCAAGUACAACCCGUCGUCGGAGGCGUACCUGAGCAAGCUCAAGGAGGUGUGCCCGCGGGACGACGGCGACGACAACAUCAGCGGCAUGGACAGCCACACCUCGGCGGUGUUCGACAACGCAUACUUCGAGACGCUCAUCAAGGGCGAGGGCCUCCUCAACUCCGACCAGGAGAUGUGGUCCAGCAUCGCCGGCUACUCCACCUCCGACACCGUCAACAAGUACUGGGCCGACCCGGAGGCUUUCUUCAAGCAGUUCUCCGAUUCCAUGGUGAAGAUGGGCAACAUCACAAACCCCGCCGGCGGCGAGGUCAGGAAGACCUGCAGAUUUGUCAACACAUAGGAUUAUAAUAAUAUAUAUAUAGGAUGCUCAAGACUGCAGCAGGAGAAAGAGAAACCCGGCCGGUGCUUGUGGUUGUACUUGUACACACCUGCCCCUUCUUUUGAUGGUUGAUUUAUGGUGGUUUGGAAAAUAAAUAACCCUUUGCUGAGAGGCUAUUGUAUUAUACUAUAUAGCAUAUUAUAUGUUAUAUACAUUGUGGCACUGUAAACUAUGGUUGGCUGCUAUGUGAAGAUACGUACACAUCUUGGUCCGUAUAUGUCUGAAUUCACACGUGAUUUGGUGUA